GGCAGAACAGAACCUGUAUGAGGACUGGGCUUCCUCAAACAAGAAUUUCCGGGCAAAGUCAGAAGCAGAAUUUGGAUUCACGGGCAGACAAGAGACGGAACCGGCGGUUCGGGCACGGCGCACAACGGUCAAAGAGGAAGACAGAAGCCGGGCUGGAGCCGAACCAUGGUGAUGUGAACACCCAAAACCUCGUCCCCUUUCGAUAGGGUGACGGAUGAGACCCUGACUAUUGUGUACGCGCCUCCACAGCCGCAGCGUGAGUGGAAGACGGUCUUGCAAGCGCGGCAAGCCAUGGGGAAAGACUACUACAAGACCCUGGGCAUCCCCAAGGGCUCCAACGAGGAGGAGAUCAAGAAGGCGUAUCGGCGCAUGGCGCUGCGCUUCCACCCUGACAAGAACACAGACGCCGACGCCGAGGAGAAGUUCAAGGAGAUCGCCGAGGCCUACGAGGUGCUCGGGGACCCCGAGAAGAGGCUCGUCUACGACCAGCUCGGGGAGGAAGGUUUCAAGACCGGAGGCGGCAGCUCAUCCGGUGCUCCUGGCACCUCAACGCAGCACUACACCUUCCACGGAGACCCCCACGCCACCUUCGCCUCCUUCUUCGGCGGCUCCAAUCCAUUCGAUAUGUUUUUCAGCUCCAACCGCAGCCACGCCCGCGCCAACGGUUUCUCCUUCCACAGCGACCACGCCAACGACGGCGAGCAGGACGCCGACGUGGACGACGACGACCACUUCGCUCACUUCGGGAGGCAAUUUGGCUUUGCGGGAGGGAUGAAAAACGGCUUCCCAGGCGAAGGCCGCAGACGGAGGGGCGGGCCCUCGGAGUGCCCGGGGGGAGCUCGCAAGCAGCAGGACCCCCCGGUGGUCCACGAGCUGAAGGUCUCACUGGAGGAGAUCUUCCACGGCUCCACCAAGCGUAUGAAGAUCACACGCCGCAGGCUGAACCCAGAUGGGAGGAGCUUGAGGACCGAGGACAAGAUUCUCAACAUUGUGAUCAAGAAGGGCUGGAAGGAGGGCACCAAGAUCACCUUCCCCAAGGAGGGCGACCAGACCCCCGAGAACAUUCCCGCUGACGUUGCCUUUGUGCUCAAAGACAAGGGCCACACCCACUUCAAGCGAGACGCUUCCAACAUCAUUUAUAACUGCAAGAUCAGCCUCAAAGAGGCGUUGUGCGGCUGCACAGUCAGCAUCCCCACGCUGGAAAGGCGCCUCAUCUCCCUGCCCUGUCACGACGUCAUCAAACCCGGGACGGUCAAGCGACUCCGAGGGGAAGGCCUGCCGUUCCCCAAGAACCCCUCGCAACGCGGCGAUCUCAUUGUGGAGUUCUCGGUGCGUUUCCCGGACAGGAUCCUGCCUCAGUCCAAAGAGAUUAUCAGACUGCACCUUCCUCCAUCAUAAGAAUGACGUACAAAUAUGGAUCUGGAUGCUCUCCUCCACUAUGUCAACCCUCCCGUGGUCGUUGUUUCUCUUCUCAGCAUUUUUUACAGGUACUCACAGCUUGGAGCCUAUGAAAUGAUACGCUCACCUGACACUUUAUUCGAUAAAAAUGCACAAUCUAAUAAGAUCCAGUGCAAGAGCUGGAACAAGACAAAGGUUUUGAUUGACACUAUCAGAGACACAAUGUUUAAUACUGUUGUCGUGCUUUACAGUGGGCUAGAAUUACACAUUUCUAGGAAAAUAAAGUAUGGCUUGACUGUACUUCCACAAAUAGUUGAUAGACGCCAUGCAUCAAUUCAUUGACGGUGGUUGUCAUCUGCAAACUUCAUGAGUCACAGACGUCACGGCGAAAUUAUGGAUGUUGGUGUUGUACAAUGUGAUACUGGUAUCACAUAAUCACAGUAUAAUAAUAUAUGUGUAUCCCUGCAUACCCCCCCCCCAUGUUUUUUGCUUUCAUUUUCUUUGAAAAACAUUUUUAGAUAUUUAUUUUUCUUUUUUUGGGGGGUGGGGGGGCACCAACUACGAAGCGCUUAGUGGUGAUUUAUCCCCACUUGUUCAAGAAUGUCUUGGGUUUAAAAAAAAAAAAAAACAUUUCUCCGAAAAAUCAAUACGUAAAUAAUGCAAUUAUAAAGGGCGGAUUUUUGCUAUUCGCAGUCCGGUCCCGCAGGGGUCCAUUGUACAGUAUUGUAAACAUUUCCACAAAAUAAAUCAUAUAUUAGGGAAUAUUCUUUUCAAAAUGCAUCUAGACAAAUAAAAGCCUCCUCUGUAAUAAUCCCCCUUAGCUCCAAUAAAUGUGCGGUACACUCUCCUGUUAAUGAAAUACCCCCCUGGCCACUAUUUGAGGAAAGAGACGGCAGUAUGUUAAAGUAUCCCGCAGUUGUUCCUCCAGAUUUUUGUGGGCAACACACAGGUCAGUUUGAUUUAGAUUUCUGCUUUUUCAAAACCAUCAGUCAUAUCAGUAAUCCUUUGCUAUUUCCACAAAGAAGUUUACAACAGCGCCAUUCAUUUCUCCCUUGACUGUACCAGCAGCCCAGAACUUCUCUCAGUCUACUGAAGCUUUGCGUUUUUUGAAGUCCGCAGGCUACCCUGCACCAUCUGAUCUGUCUCCCUCACUAUCGCUUGUCUUAUGCUUUUGUAUUGCGAUACCAUACGACGAUUAGAUCAUCAACUUGAAUUGGAAUAACAAUGAGGAAUGACAAUCAUAUACUGAAUCAGCAGUAUAAGCUCAGAAGUUGCACAGAAAAUCGGUGCUUUCCGUUUGAACCACAUAAGCCGGGCUCACUAUUUAUGUGCCUUAGCCAGGUGUCGUAUCACACGCGCGCACACACACACACAAACAGAUAACAGUGUAACACACAACCAGCCAUAUAAAGUGCACACCAGAUGAGCAACUGUAAGCAAACAACCUUAAAACCAGUCAAAAUAUUGUAUGCGCAACAACAGUAGAUCUCCUCAUGCGGACUCGUUUAUUUUGCCGCCAAGUGCAAUUUAGCACAGGUUGGACUUCCCAGAGGAGUUGACGUAACACUGACAAUAAUAGCUGGACAAUAAAUACUGUACUGCUGAUUCCUCUGGGGGAAGCCAUCUCGAUGCUUGGUUUCUUUUGCUUUCUCUCGUGUCAUUCGAAGGCCGUGUCUUGGUGCUACUGCGAGCGGUGCCGACAACAACCUUUUGUUUCACUCACUAUUUAUGAAUAUUUAAAAUUUGCUUGUACCAUGUGUAUCAUCUGUACAUUGAUAUUUACAAUUUUGGGGUUUUUUUGGCAAGUAGAAGCCCUUGAAUAUACAGUGCUACUAUUGCAUCGGUUGUGCUAUGUUUCACCUGUAGGGGGCUCUGUUAACGCCCUUUGCUUAUUUCUAAACUCGUUAACAGGCAGUUUGAGGAGUCUACAGUGGACUAGUUGGCCAUAACAUUAGGUACACCUGCACAUUCGAAUGAGUUUCAAUCUCUCGCCUCAGCUCUCAUUACUGAUUGUGCCGGUGUAGCCAAUCAGUAAUAGCAAAUAAAUGCACUUGACGUACUGUAAAAUAACUAAAAGAGGCCUGAAUGACAUAAGGACAUACUUAAUGUCGUAUCAUAUGUAACGUGAAGUUGGCACAAGUGCUGCUGCUGAAAGACUCACCACUUCUGUGCAUUUGCCAGUGUUCAUUGUUUUAAAAUGGCAACAAAUAAAGCAAAUGUGGGAACCUG